AUGCACAAUCUCCUAAUGCAUUCCUCCAUACUUACGGUCCUAUUUAUCUUAAUCCAUCCCCUCCUAAUAACGCUAAACCCAAUUCCUUUGAUAAUAGGCUGAAGCAUGCUCUACGCAAAAACCGCUGUCCAACUCGCAUUUAAAGUCAGCUUGAUUCCACUUGCUGUCUUUAUACUCACCGGAAUAGAAGCCUCAACAACUAACGUCACAUGAGCCAGUCUUGCCGGAAUAGAAAUUAACAUUAGCUUCAUCUUCGACAUAUACUCACUCACAUUUGUCCCAAUUAGUCUUUUCGUCACCUGGUCUAUCCUCGAAUUUGCCAACUGAUACAUAUCUUCAGACCCAAACAUAAGCCGAUUCUUCAAAUACCUCUUAAUCUUCCUACUCGCUAUACUUAUUCUAGUAACAGCUAACAAUAUAUUUCAACUCUUUGUGGGCUGAGAAGGCGUAGGAAUCAUGUCCUUCAUACUAAUUGGCUGAUGAUUUGCUCGCCCAGACGCUAAUACAGCAGCCCUCCAGGCUAUUAUCUUCAAUCGUGUCGGAGAUAUUGGAUUCAUACUUUCACUGGCAUGACUAGCAACCCACCUGGCAACCUGAAAUAUCCAAGAAAUAACAAUUCAAAUAAAAAACCCCCCCCUCCUCCCCCUAUUGGGCCUAGUCCUUGCCUCUGCUGGUAAAUCUGCCCAAUUUGGCCUUCACCCCUGACUCCCAGCCGCCAUAGAAGGCCCAACACCAGUCUCAGCCCUACUCCACUCAAGCACCAUAGUCGUAGCCGGAGUGUUCCUACUCAUUCGCCUCCACCCAAUACUAGAAAACAAUGAAACAGCACUAUCUAUCUGCCUAUGCUUAGGAGCACUAACCACACUAUUUACAGCCCUAUGCGCACUAACACAAAACGACAUUAAAAAAAUUAUUGCAUUCUCAACUUCCAGCCAAUUAGGCCUAAUAAUGGUUACUAUUGGCCUUAACCAACCUCAGCUAGCCUUCCUUCACAUCUCUACUCAUGCUUUCUUUAAAGCCAUAUUAUUCCUAUGUUCUGGCGCAAUUAUUCAUAACCUUAAUGAUGAACAAGAUAUCCGAAAAAUAGGAGGCAUACAAAAAAUAUUACCAACCACAGCUACAUGUCUAACUAUCGGAAGCCUCGCCCUUACAGGAACCCCUUUCCUAUCAGGUUUCUACUCAAAAGACACAAUUAUUGAAACUAUAAACAGCUCCUACUUAAACGCCUGAGCCCUAGCAGUCACACUUUUCGCAACAAUACUAACUGCCACCUAUACCAUACGAAUAGUCUUUUAUGUUCAACUUAACACACCACGAACAACAACAUCAAUCAUAAAUGAACUACCCCCCACCCUUACUAAUCCCCUUAUUCGCCUCGCUAUUGGAAGUCUUUUAACAGGCCUAAUCCUUGUAACAACACUACUUCCAACAAAACCCGCCCCAACCACAAUACCUACUACCAUAAAACUCUGUGCUAUAAUUAUUACCAUUUUGGGAGCCCUAUUCGCUCUACAAAUCGCAAAAAAAACGACUUGACUUAUGACCACUAAACGAUUAAAACAUCAAGAAUUCUCUAACCAACUAGGAUUUUUUAAUCCAACAUUACAUCGCCUUUUCCCACUAACUUCCCUAUUCUCGGGACAAACCAUAGCCCUACACAUUAACGACCUACUUUGACUAGAAAAAACAGGACCAAAAGGAUUAAUCUCUUUAAGCCUUCCUAGCAUUAAAGCCACUACCGCCGCACAAAAAGGACUAAUAAAAUUUUAUCUUUCAAUCUUUAUCAUUACUUCAGUAUGCUUCAUCACAAUUUUAUGAACCUAA